UAUAAAUAUGAUUGCAAUGAACGUGAAUCGUCGUGUAAGCAUUGUACUUGCAAAAUUAAAGGUAAUCAUGGUACAAAUUUAAAAAAACAUCUUGCAAGCCAUCAUGAUGAAUUGUAUGAAGAGUUUCUAGAAAAAGAAUCUAAAAAGAAUAAAAAAACAGUUGGUGUUUCUAAGGUCACAGCACAUCAACAAUUAUUUCAUUUUAAUGAAACAAAAUAUGUUAAAGUUAAUUUAAGUGAAAAAACAAUUAUUGAUGCCUGUGUUGAUCUCGUUACCAUUAAUGGACGACCAUUCAGUAUGCUGAACGAUUCGGGAUUUCGUAGAAUACUCGAUCCAGUUUUGAAUGGGUUUCAGAAGAAACUAAAAAUUAAUUCAAACUCCAUUAAGGAGCAUGUAUACAAAGAGUCCCUUCUUAUUAAACAAGAAAUAAUUACUGAAGCUAGUUCUAAACUCAUU